GUGAACGCGAACGCAGCGCUAAGGCUGGCCUGGCAUUCGUCGUCGACGAUCCAUGGUGACAGGCACCCGAUGCGAUGAGACCAACCAGACCGACCAGUGGGUGGUGACGCAGCGGCGGACUUCGCACCGCGUCCCACUUCUCUGCUCGUGUUUACACGCCAUUGGACGGCGACAGGGGCGACAGGGGCGACGCCGGUGAAACCAGUUUAUCGCCACCCCGAACCGACAGUCUGCAACGAACUUUUCGUCGGUCGCGACUAA